CGGCGGCGGCGGCGGCGUCCGACGACCCGCUGAGCUUCCGGGGAUCGAGUCCCCCCUCCUCACGGGGCAGAUUUUGAAAUGAUGGCAGGGAGGCAUCAGACUCGUGGUUUUCCUCUUCCAGGAGUUCUUCCAGGGGGUCAAGUCCACUCAUUUGGAAGUUGUACAGAGAGUGAUCCGUUGUUGGAAGAGGAUGCUGAAGUGUAUGAGCUCCGACCCCGAGGGAAAGAAAAAGUUCGAAGAAGUACAUCAAAAGAUAGACUUGAUGACAUUAUAGUAUUAACAAAAGACAUACAGGAAGGCGAUACUUUAAAUGCAAUAGCCCUUCAAUACUGUUGUACGGUAGCAGAUAUCAAGCGGGUUAACAAUCUCAUCAGUGAUCAAGACUUUUUUGCCCUUAGAUCUAUCAAAAUUCCAGUCAAAAAAUUUAGUUCAUUGACUGAAACACUUUAUCCUCCAAAAGGAAAACAAACUUCACGCCCUGCAUCUGUUCAACACGUUACAGAACAACAGGAAAUUUUGUCUCCUAAUGAUUCUCUUUCUUCUACUGAGUCAGCUGGUAGCUUUUUAAAAGAAGUAGACCGAGACAUAGAACAAAUAGUAAGAUGUACAGAUACUCAGAAAGAAAACCUUGAUGAGGUAGUGUCUGCAUUAACAUCACAAGGACAUUUUGAACCUGAUAACAAAAACAUUCAGCGUAAGGAUCCUUAUUAUGGAGCUGACUGGGGAAUAGGGUGGUGGACAGCUGUAGUGAUAAUGUUGAUAGUAGGUAUAAUAACACCAGUGUUUUAUUUGCUGUAUUAUGAAAUUUUAGCUAAAGUGGACGUUAGUCACCAUUCAACAGUGGAUUCUUCACCUUUGCAUUCGGGAAUCACACUUCCAUCACAGCAGAGAGAAAUGGAAAAUGGAAUUGCUCCAACUAAUCGAGGACAUCUUGGCCAACAAAAUGAUCAUAAACAGUUUAGUCAAGAUUCUUAGUCACCUGCUGCUCAAUCCAGAACAUAACAGUUCAAAAUCACAAAAUUGUUGAUCACCCAUGUAUCUGAAAUGUGUGUAUCACUUCUGUUUAGUGACCACUUCAAAGGCAGAAUUUAGGGAGGUUGAGAUGCUUUGUGUUUUUCCUUUUGGGGGAGCCAUUUACAAAUGGACUGAGGACAUAGUUGCUAUUGUUAAUGUGACAGCAGUAAACACAUAUCAGUGCUGAAAGGACAAAGGAAUUUAAAUAUCUUUGACAAGUUCUUAAAAGAUUUUAACAUUUUGGCCUUAUGCUUGAAUUUUUAAAGCUCAUUUUUUAUUUAAGGUUAAUAAUAGUAUCAGAUGUGUGUGACUGAAUAAAACUGACUACUGUGGACCAUGAAAACAUUUAGUUGUAAACGAAAUUUGAUUCUAAAAUUACUUUUAAUACUUUAAUUUUGAAGCUUAAGAAAAAUAUGCGUAACACAUGCUAUGCAAACAAGUUAAAAUAGGGGAAAGAAAUAUAUGUCUUUAUGGAGGCAAAGAAAUAAGAUUAAAUGUUUUUAUACCCCCAAAUAAUAUGGUUGGAAAGCUGCCAUUUGGUCACUAGAACACUGCUCAAAGUAAUCUUUACUUUUAAAGAAUGCUGCCUCUACAAUUUUAUGUGGUUUUUAGAUUUGCCUCUGAUAUUUCAAAAAACACUUUUGUAGAUCUUUGAUGAAAAGUAUAAUACAGAUUAUUAUUUAGGAAAGAAUUCUUUACAUACUGUGAGAAGUUGUUGCUGUGUUACCUGUAGCAACAUGCCUUGAUUUACAUCUAAUGCCUUAAAUAUUUUAUGUAAGCUAGUAUCAUUUUUACAAUUAAAACUAAGCAUUGUAGAGAUACAACUCAGUGGUAAAGCAUAUGUCUGGAAUAUAUGAAUCACUGGGUUUGAUCAUUGGCACUGCGAGAAAGAAAUAGAAAUCUGGUUUAUAUAGCUUCAAAAAAAUGAAAUUAAACAUCCCUUCAGACAGUCAAAUUGAAUUCACAACAGAGGCUUUAUAAAUCCAUCUCUGCCUUCACAAUCAAGCACAAGUUUCUCAAAACAGAUUUUCACAGUAUCUACCUCUGAGAUCUGUUUCUAAAUAUAUAAAGAUUGGUUGAAAGUUUUAUAGUGCCACUUUUUAAUACCUACUGUGGAUUUGCCAGCCAAUCU